CAUCGUUUGACCGGUAGCGCUAAAGGCUCGCGCGCAUUUGGCGCAUCUGUCGUCAAUUCAAAUUACAAAAUGGAGUUUCGAAUGUCGCUACUCGCAGCGGCGACCGUUACGAGCGAGUCGGUUUAUCGCGGACAAAUGUAGUCGAUUUGAUUGACAACUGCAACUUUUACUUUGUCAACAAGGAAUGGAAUGGUCACGAAUUCAAGUUCAUGAAGAAUAAUUUGUGAGAUAAGAGUAAUCGAACGAAGGCAUAAAGAAAAAACAUAUCAAUGGUGACUAGACAAAAAGGAAAGCCCAUAGCUAUGGUUAGAGAUAUGGAUAACAAGACUCUUUCUCCGAGUCGAGCACUCCUCUUAUCGAGUAGAGAAGUAGCAGAAAGAAAUAUACUGAAGGAAGCUGCUGACCAAACGGAAAAGUUUUCUAAAGAAAUGCUGGAGUUGAGCACAGAGAUGGAAUACAAAAAGAAAGAAUAUCAGGAUCGUCACAAGAAACUAUUGGAGUUGCAGGACAAAGCUACGUCUGAUACAGUUUUUUCACUGGAAUCACAGUUGGAAGAAAAGAACAAAAAGUUGGAAGUUCUGAGCAAAGAAAGGGACAAAUUAGAGAGGGAAUUGGUAAAUUGCAGGUCCGACAUAAUGUCGGUAAAAAGAACUUUGGAUCUAGAGCGACAGGAAAGAAAAGAAUUGGAAACAAGAGCAUUGGAUCUUAUAAAGCGAGCGAAGCGUAAGUGGGAAGUGGCGGAAAAGGAAAAAAUCGACAGAUUGAACAAGCACAUAGAGGUUCAGACAGUUCGCAUAACCGAGUUGUGCACUAGUAAUAAUGAAAUGAGCUCGAAGCUCCAAAGAACGCAGUGCGAAUUAGAGACUGUCAACGCCGAGCUGCACAAAUUGAAAGUAUUUCAAAUACAGUACAAAGAGUCAUUGGCCAAGACUCGAGAGUUGAAUCGUCAAAGUGCUCAGGGGGUUGAGAACAAACUUGAGGAAAUAGCGAACCGGACGCACAACCAAUUGGCUGAGAUAAGACUCAAACUGGAAAUGGAAAUAGCGAAAAGUACGGAACUCGAGGCGAAACUGCGACACGAGGAAGACACGAAUCAUUGUCGCCAAUCGAGGCUGAACGUCGCUCUUGAAUUAGCACAAUCCGAGUUGAAAGAUUGUCAAGAAGAAUUAAGAAGCACAAAAGCGAUGAUUCCGGCCCGCGACACGGAAAUUGAGACGCUGCGAAAUCAACUGAAAGAAAGAAGCAAGCAGCUCGAAAAUAUUCCCAUGGCCGAACAAACGAUCGCGAGUUUGCAGGACCAAUUGGAGAAGAUGAGAAUGGAGAAUGAGCGAUUGAGAAGUCAACUGGAAAUGGCGAAAUCCGAUCUGAACGAGACUUUGAUGACACUGGAACGAAAAGAAGCUCUGACAAUCGAAAAAAUAGGCCAGGAUAAAGAGACGCUCGAACAAAGACUCCAACACUCAUUGGCCAAAGAGGAGGAACAAUUGCGAAAGGUGGGCGAUCUUGAGGAACUGCUGAGACGUCUUGAGCAAAGCGUGACAAAACUCGAGGCUGAAAACGCGAGUCUCAAGCGUUCGGAUCAAACCAAGUCACGCACAAGUUUACCGAGUCAGAAGGAAGUUGAACAAAAAAUCGCGUUUCUCGAGCAUCAGGUGGAAAAACUGGAGCAACAACUGCAAGCAUCGCGCGACAAGGUCGCCUCCGAAAGACAAAUUGCUAAACAAGCACAGACGAGUCUUUGGAAAAAGGAGAAGGAAUUGUCGGACGCUAAUCUCGAUAAAAGAAUCGCCAUGAGGGAGGCCAAGACCGCGGAAGAGCGGAUCAAGAUGUUGCAGGAGGAUAAGCAAAAGUUGAGUCAACAGCUAAACACGAAAUUCAAAGAGGAGGAGGAGAAAUCGAAGAGGCUCUUGAUAGAAUUGGAAAGCGCGAAAAGUUCUUUGGCUGAAAUUACGAGAGAAGCGACGAGAAACAAAUUACAGGCUGACUCGGCCCAGAAGGCUUUGACCCAAGCGAAUAAACAGAUCGAAGAGCUGCAAUCCUCGAGCGCUUCUUUACGCCGAGAAUUGGACAGUACAAGAAAACAGAUGCGGGAUGACGAGGAUCGUUUGGACAAGCUCAUAGCUGAGAACAAGCGUCUAACAACCAAAAUCAAUAAAUUUAACGAGGAACGAAAUGAGCUGGAAUGCAAGUUACAGGAAUACGAGCAAAGUACCAAAUCACAACAGGUCAACAUAAAUCUUUUGAAGGAAACUUGCACCGUUCUCGAGGAACAAUUAACCGAUUACGAGAGACUAACGAGCGACCACGAGACACGGGAGAAUACUUUGAUCCAAGAACGCAUGAAGUUGCAAAAAGAGCUUGAAUCGGUAGAGCAAAAACUACGGGAAGCGAAAAUUGGCCAGAACGAAGAAAAAACGCGUCGUUUGGUGGCUGAGCGAGCGAUCGAGCGUUUGGAAGCGGAAAUGAGCGAUGUUGAAACAGAGAGAAGCAAUCUAUCGGGACAGCGAGAUCAGUACAAGAAAUUGGCCCAAGAUUUGACGAAGCAGGUGGCUGGAUUGAGCGGCAAAUGCGCCGAAUUAGAGUGCGACUUGGGCGAGGUGAAGAGAGCCUUGGAAACGGCCAGGGGUGAAUCGAGAGUCGUUAAAGAAGAGUGCAGCCAACAUUUGACGAGGAUGCACGAGCUCAAAGAAGCUAAUAUGUGCUUGAUGGAAGAUUUACAAGCGAACGUUGAUCAAGGACAAGAGCUUCGUAUUCGUAUUGCCGAGCUUGAAUCGGUACUCGACGAUAUCAGACAAUUUUAUCAGGAACGCGAAGUCAAGGCCGAGGGUACGAGAUACCAACAGACCAAACUGAUCGAUUACUUGACUCUCAAACUGGAGGAAGCUGCCAAACGAAAAAAAACUGUUUGCGACAAGAUUUUUGGUAGCGGAAAACAAAAAGAAAAUGUACCGCCAACCGGUACGGGAAUGCCAGUUGGUUAUCGCGAAUUGGAGAAUCAAUUGGCGAGCGAAAGAGCCAAAGUCAAAACUCUGACCGAACAAUUGUUAGCAAUAAAAGCCGAGCAGGCUUCCAAUCCGAUCGGACCCUCGCCACUCUCCCCCGAGUCGAAAAGAGCCCUCGGGAUUCCUCUUGAAAACGGUAAAGACGCUGUCGCUCUGACGAGACAAACUUCCAUCCAGAGAAUGCGACACAAUAUUCCUCAUAGAUUCAACAUUGAAUUAUCUAUGAGGAGCGGCAAGUGUGCGGCUUGCCUCGAUACUAUUCAAUUCGGUAAACGAGCAGCCGUUUGCAGCGAAUGCCAGAUCAUUAGUCAUCCCAAAUGCUCACUCCUUGUACCCCCUAGCUGUGGGUUACCUGGUGAUUUUGCGAAGCACAUGAGUGAAACACAAUCGUGGAAAUCCAGCGACUCGAGCAUCACCAACUUGAGUGGCAGUGUGCAGACACUUGCUCUCGAUGAACCAGACAACGUUGAGACGGAAGCAAAGGCCCCCCAAAAAAAAGGUGAUACGACAGUCCACAUGGAAGGCUGGGUAAAAGUGCCCGGUCGAGCAAAAGUGUCUUGGGAUCGAAAAUAUCUAAGAUUGGAAGGAACGUGUCUUUGUAUUUACGAGCAUCAACCGAGUCCCGGUAUGGCUGCGAUAAAUCGUCUGGAUCUCGAUGGGAAACACGGUUUCACUAUUACUGAAAAUGUGCAAGUAGCUGAAGUCGUGAGUACCGCCAAAUCCGAUCUCCCAUUUGUAUUUCGGGUCGAAUCCAACUCGUCUACGACAUGUUGGCCUUCUUCGAGAUUUGACGUGAUGACUCUCAGUCAAAUUGAUAAAAAGAAUUGGCUGAAAGCACUCAAAAACGUUGCGUGCGACAAUGGAUCUGGAAGAACAACGCAACCUGAUAAAUUCCAAACAAUCAUGAGACUCGAAAAAAACCGGUUGGAUGUGAAUUGUAUUUUGGAGUUGGAAGAUGAAAAGGUUUUAUUGUUGGGUGCCGAGGAGGGAUUAUUUUCGUAUCGUCCCGGUCAAUCGCAUAUUCUGACGAAAAUCCGUGGCGUGAAAAAAGUACAUCAAUUAUCGUUGCAUCCUCAUUUGGGUCUAGCUCUGAUGAUCGCUGGCGAGGAUAGGCAAUUAGUUUCAUGUGACCUCCGUCAAUUGCGUAGCAACGCUCUCGCCGCCGAAUGUUCGAGACCAGCGAUAAAUACCAAAACAAUUUUAACCGGAUGCGAAAGUUGUCAUCUCUACCAAAUUCAGGGAGAAAUGUUGUGCGCGGCCACCGCCACUCACGUCGUACUCCUUAAAUGGUCAUCGGAUCAAGAUUCCGGAGAAUUCAUAGCAGUACGAGAACUCGAGACUCAAGAACCGUGCAGCUGUGCGAUUUUCACUGAAAACGUUCUCGUCGUUGGUUGUCACAAAUUUUUCCAAAUUGAAUUGGAAAAUUAUACGAUAGACGAAUUUCCGGAAGAGGAUGACAGUUCGGUAAAAGCUGCAUUGUCUGGAGUGGCGAGACUGGGAAUAUUCCCGGUUUCUGUACUAAAUGUCUCGACCUCGUCCCAAUCUCUUGAACUUCUUUUGUGUUACAAUGAGUUCGGGGUCUUUGUCAACGAGUAUGGUCAAAGAACCCGUGCUGUCGAUCCAACAUGGAGCCACUUGCCUUUUGCAUUCGCUUUUCGUAAGCCUUAUCUAUUCACCGUCCAUUUCUCGUCGGUGGAAGUGAUCAAACUCAGCGGCGAUGCAUUCAGAUCUGCGUCAAAAAGUCCAGAAAGAAGUGUAAUUGAACUCAACAAUCCGCGAUAUUUAGGGAACGCUGGCUCUCGUGGAAUUUACGUAUCGGCGGUUAAUUCAUCACUGGAGAUUCUAAAAAUAGACGGACAAACUUCGUCAUCACAAAUCAAUGGGAGUUUAACAAGUUUGGAUACACUGGCUCAAGAAGACGACAGCAGUUCAGAAUUCAGCUUCACAUCGAGCCUGAUGGAAGCCCUCGACGGUCAGGGAAAAAAGGUUCACUUUGCAAACGUUUCCAAUCACUGACAGCCAUUGGCAUAUAUCCAAGCCUUCACAAAAAAAAGAAAACUGUGUGCUUAGAUAGUUUAUUGAUAUUACUUUCAUAGGGUAUACGAUUGGCUCAUGAAUAUUGGGCUAAUCUUCUUUGCCAUAAGUGUGUUGAGGAAGGCGAUGAAAAAUAGUCUAUAAAACGCUUUAUUACAACAAUGUGAACUCUACAAUCUUUAUCGCGGUUUCUAUUUCGAUAUUUGCGUAAUGAUUGAACUGAAAGAAAUGUAAAGUCGUUGGCCGAUGGAUCUCAAUUUUUUUUAUUCCACUCAAUUAUUUAAGUAGUCCAGAGAGGCCUGCCAUUGAUAGUAUUACCACUGUAAUUACGAUUACAUCAUAUUUUAAUUUUCAAAUCACAUACUCGCUUUGUUCAAACAAUUUUUCCAUCACUGAACCAAUUCUCGUAGGAGUUGAAAAAGCUUGUAGAGUAUCAGCGAUAUUUAUACUGUGUAAUAGACAAAUAAAAUAGACGUACCUAAAUGAGCUCAUUCGCUGCUGUACGCUAAGCCGUUAAUUAAUUAGAUGAAAGUAGCACAUUGGUGGAUUGCGCAUCAUCAAUAUAAUUUGAAUAUAAUAAUAUAUUUUUCAACCUUUGUACGUCGGCAAAGACUUAAUAAUUUUGUAGUCUUUCGAUACAAGUGAAGUGAAAUGACACUAGAGAGAAAGACGCGAGGGAACGAAACAUUUAAUAAAUAAAGAUUUGUAUUAUAACGUUCAA